AUGAAGGAAAUCUUACUAAAGGCAGUGAACACUUUGGAGAGCCAAAGCACAUGGGAGUUCUGCCUGGUCCACGAGAACAGUUCAAGGGCAGAUGGGGUUUUUGAGGAGGAUUUGCAUAUUGACAUAGCCACAGAACAGGAUAUGUUUAGCAGCCACCAUUACAAGUCAUUCAAAGUCAGAAUAGUCCACAGAUUGCGAUUCACAACCAACAUACAGCUAGGUAUCUCUGGAGACAAAGUAGAGAUAGACCCUGUUACGAAUCAGAAAGCCAGCACUAAGUUUUGUAUUAAGCAGAAACCCAACUCAAUUGGUUCUGACCUGCUCUGUUCCUGUGACCUUGCUGAAGAAAAAAGCCCCAGUCACGCAAUAUUUAAACUCACGUAUCUAAGCAAUCACGACUAUAAACACCUCUACUUUGAAUCGGAUGCUGCUACCAUCAAUGAAAUUGUGCUCAAGGUUAACUACAUCCUGGAAUCGCAAGCAGGCACUGCCCGGGCUGACUACUUUGCUCAAAAACAAAGAAAACUGAACAGAUGUACAAGCUUCAGCUUCCAGAAGGAGAAGAAAUCUGGGCAGCAGUGACACUGGCCUCCAGCCUCAAUCUGUUCCAUAGCUCAGAGCCUGCCUGCCAGGGCCUAGUGCCCUAGAGCCCACCUGGUGUCCUGAAGUCCUCGGGGGGAGGCCAGCCCCUGGCUUACUGGCAGCAGGCAGGUGGGCCUUUGGGGAAGGUUUGGGGCCCCCUAGGAGGAAGCACUGGGGACAUUGCCAUGGACUGAAUCCUGCUUGGCAGUGACUUUGAUUAGUGAUGCCUGGGGGCCAGACCACCCCCUGGAGGAGCCACAUGCCACACAGCCAUCUUCACUGCCUGCCACCCUACCCGAGGAGGUAUAGAGUCAUGCCCCAGCAUUUCCUUGCAACUUGAUCAAAUUUCUUAAAGCAAACAAAGAACAAAAAUGUACAUUUCUGUUUUUCAUUUUAAUAAACAGUGUACUCUUUA